GGAAACGAGCAGCGCCAAGUACCUCUACAGCCUCACUCACAAAAGAUCAUUACACAAUGGCUUCCCAAGCGGCAGCUAAGGCUGCCGGCGGCGUGAUGAACAUCGCAACGAAACAAACCCUCCAAUCGGCUGGAAUCUGGGAGAAGAUCCGCAAAUCUCUCUCAAUUGACCCGAACCGCUCGAAUGGUGUGCCGCUGAACCCACACUUCCGCUACCCGGCCCCGGGAUCCAACGACCCCAUGGCCUACGACGACCCCGUCACGCUGCCUGCCGGUGACAUCGCCGACAACCCAUACUGGAAGCGUGACCACCGCCGCAACUACCCGGCGCUGUCGGUUAUCAAGCAGGCCGACGCCGUCGCGCUCCUGACCGUUGGCAACGCGGCCGCCCCCAAGGCCGAGCUCAUAGGUGAGGCCGGCGAGAAGGCUCUCGUCCAGGCCAAGGAGGCUGGCAACAGCGGAUUGGCUGCUUUCUUUGAGAAGAACGGCAAGAGCGCCGCGUUGGACGUGUUCGUCGGUGGUCUGCCGCCUACCCCGGCCGGUGAGAGCCUGAUUAGUGGCAAGUGGGAUGUGCACAAGUACGAGGUCUCUGAGCAGUCAUAUUCUGAAGAGUACCCGGCGAGGUCUUUCAAAUGAGCAGUCGGCUGUGGGAGAGAGCAUUUGCGGUUGUACAUAACAGAAUCAGGCAGCAUAGAUUUGGCUUCUGAAAAAGGUUUCUUGUGUUUCAA